CAGGUUGUGCUCCCCCUGGAGCUGGUGCCCGGGCCACAGCCUUGGCUCCAUGAUUGGCACGAAGCCAGCCUCCCACCGGAGUUGGGAUAGAACCCAGGAGUCCUGACCACCACCCUCCCCCGGUGGGUGUAGAGGAAUCUAGAGCAGAGCUGCAGUGUGGAUUUACCGAUCCCCAUCCCAGUGCCAGCAGUGGACCGGAACGGGAGCUGGAUCCCUGAAGGGCUUCCCAACCCAGCACGGAGAUGUCAGCCCUGCUCCCCUGCAUCCUGGCCCUGAGCUGCCUCGCCCACAUAGGCUGGGGGGCGUAUUUCUUUCAGCAGCCCAUGGACCAGGUGAUCGUGGCAGGGCAGUCGGUGACGCUGGCCUGCGUGGUUGUGGGCUACCAGGGCAUGGUGCAGUGGACCAAGGAUGGCCUGGCACUGGGCGGAGAGCGAGACCUGCCUGGCUGGUCCCGGUACUCCAUUGUCGGGGAUCCGGCGGCCGGGCAGCACAACCUGAGGAUUGAGUCUGCUGAGCUUGGUGACGACGCCGUGUACGAGUGCCAGGCUACGCAGGCGGCGCUGCGCUCCCAGCGUGCCCAGCUCACGGUGCUCCUACCGCCCAAUGACCCCGUGGUCCAGAAUGGCCCCAUCGUCCGGGUCCAGGCCAGCGUGCCCUACAACCUGACCUGCCAGGUGUCUGGUGCCAAGCCUGCCCCUGAGAUCAGCUGGUACCGCAAUGGGCAGCUGCAAGACUCUGCCCUCUAUGCCAAGGCCCUGAUGGAGGAUGGGAAGCGGUCGACGGCUAUCAGCACCCUGCUCCUCACGCCCAGCACCCAGGACAUGGGCAGCGCCUACACCUGCCGCGUUGCCAACCCGGCCGCACCUGCUGGCAAGCAGACCUCCAUCACCCUUGACGUGCUGUACCCCCCCACCGUGAUCCUCUCUGUCCAGCCACAGACCGUCCCAGAGGGGGGCAAGGUCAGCUUCCUCUGCACCGCCACUGCCAACCCCGAGGUGACCGGCUACCGGUGGGCGAAGGGCGGCGUGGUCAUCGCCGAGGCCAAUGGGGACAGCUACGAGGCCAGGGUGGAUCACUCCUUCUUCACCCAGCCUGUGUCCUGCGAGGUGGCCAACGCCGUGGGCAGCACCAAUGUCAGCACCCUGGUGGAUGUGCACUUUGGGCCCCACCUGGUCUCCCAGCCCAAGCCCCUCACCGUGGAUGUCGGGGCCGACGCCUCUUUCACCUGCACCUGGGCUGGGAACCCGCCCCUCACCCUGGCCUGGACCAAGAAGGGAUCCGGCGUGGUGCUGAGCAAUGGCAACACCCUGCACCUAAAGACCGUGACGCAGGAGGAUGCUGGCACCUACGUGUGCAAGGCCAUCGUGCCACGCAUCGGUGUGGCUGACAAGGAGGUGACGCUGGCAGUCAACGGGCCCCCUAUUAUCACCACUGAGUCCAGCCAGCAGACGGCGCUGGGGGACAAGGCACGGUUGGAGUGUCUAGUGAGGAGCACGCCCCCCCCUGAUCGCAUUGUGUGGGCAUGGGGCGAGCGGGUGCUGGACAGCGGCUCAGAGGAGCGCUUCACAGUGGACACAGCGCUGACGGAGCGGGGGGUGCUCUCGGCCCUGCUCAUCCAGCCCACGCGCCUGGAGGACUUCGCCCUGCCCUACAACUGCACGGCAUGGAACCGUUUCGGGGCCCGCUCAGCAGCCGUCACACUGCGCCGGCAGGAGGUCCUGCCCAUCAUGAUAAUCGGGGCCUCGGCCGCGGCUGCCGUCACCCUGCUGCUGGUCUUGGUCGUUGGCGUGUCUGUCUGCUGCCUGCGCUGGUGCCAUGGGAAAGCAGCCAAACAAGGCACCAAGCUCUCCAAGACGGAUGUCCUGGUGCAGAUCACCACGAGCGACAGCAGCCCCAGCCGGCCCAGCGAUACAGAGGAAGAUGUCAAGGAGCCCAUGGCCACGAGCAGCGAGUCCCCAGCCACAUCGCACACGGAGCACAGCGAGAUCCUGGAGGAGGAAGAGGGCAGCCAGGACAUUAAGGACCCCACCAACGGUUACUACAAGGUCCGUGCUCAUGAGGAGCCCCACCUGUCUGGCAGUUUCUCAGAGUACGCCCCGGCCCCGCGCCCCCUCUACGCCGGGUCCCAUGCUGCCAUGUUCCCCACCUCAGGGCAGCCCUACAGCCACCGCUAUACACUGGGGGCACCCAGCUCCCGCACAGCCUACGAGCCCCACUACCCACAGGAUGGGGUGUAUGGGGGGGGCUACCUCACGGCCCCCUACACCCGGGCUUUCACCAGCUACGUCAAGCCCAGCGCCUACGAGAAGGCAGAGAAUGGCUACGAACACUCAGACCAGGCCAGCAAGGUGUCAGGUGGCUCCCGCUUCUCCUACACCUCCCUCUCGCAACAGUCGGACUACGGGCGGCCCACCCAGCAGCGCAUGCAGACACAUGUGUGACUCUUCCUCCCCAACACACAUCAAGCCACUGGGGGACAGACACCCAGGGUCGUCCCUGUUGUGGGAGAGGGUUGGUGUAGCUUCAGCUUAGCCAACUGUCUCAAAAUGGCCAACAGGCUAGCUGACUUGUGCUGCUGGAGGUGGAGAUGAGUGGCCAUCGGCUGGGGGAAGGUGUUCAGAAUGGCUGUCUCCCCAGUUGACUUUUUCCUCCUAGAGGCGGGGAUGAGUGGCUAUUGGCUGGGAGUAGAAAUCAAGGGAUGGGUUCAAAAUGGCUGACAAAGGGGGUUCAAAACGGCCCUGUUGACUUCCUCCGUUGGACCUGGGGAUGGAUUUGCACUGGAUAGGGAAGAAGUCACAAGGUUAGAGACACUAAUGGCCAUCACAUGGGUUCAAAAUGGCCAUUGAGUUGGGUUCAAGAUGGCCGUUGGCCCAGCUUACUUCUUCGGUUGAGCCUGGUGAUGAAUACAAUUGGCUGGGGAAGAAGUCUGGCUUAGUCCUGGGACGUUGAGGUGGGUUCAGAAUGGCUGAUGGUCCCAUCACUUCCUGAAAUCGGCCGGUUGGCUUAGCCCAGGGCUGCCAAGGUGGAUACAAAAUGGCCACCAAGAGGGGCUCAAAAUGGCUAACAGCCCGAUCAGCUUCCUGCAGAGACGAAUGGAGGGAGGAGCCAGUGGAUGUUGGAUUUCCGAGUGGCUUCCCCCACUGCCGCUGGCACUGGAUCAGCCAGGCCUGGACGCAAGAUGGCGACCGCAGAACCAAGAUGGCAGCUGAUGCUAGAGCCCGCCUGCUGGCGUUGCAGGCCCAGUAAAAAUGGCAGCUCUCAGCUUUCCUGUGCAGCCUGACCAUGGGGCUCAUGGAGGGCAGUGGACAUAUGCGUGAAUCCCCCCAAUGGCAGCACCCUCCCACACACCACCAAUGGGGGGGCUGGGUCUGCUGCCCUCUGCCCCACCCCCACCCCCUGCUGGGGUGGGACUGUUAGGGGCCCCACAGAUCUGUGGGGCUCGGAGCUAACAGCCCAUUGGGAUGCUAAGGGCAGUUUCCUCCUCUCAGAGCGUGGAACCUCAGGCAUGCCCCAGGGCAGUGGCCUGGUUGGCUUGGGAGGGACUAGGGCACAGGACCUCCCCCCUCCAAGGGACACCAGCUCUAAUUCCCCACUGCAAGACCACGGCGGCAAGAUGUUGAUGUUCUAGCCGGGCCCUGGCCACAGUCUCUGGCAGUAACUGAGCUGGGCCAAAUCCAUUCAGCUGGGGGCUGGGUUUUUCCUACCAUUAAAAACACCCUGGUUCCCGGCCAUCCCCAGGCACUGGGUUCCCCCACAGGGGGGAGGGGAGUUCUCAGGGUGACCCCCCCACACCUGUCAAUCUCCUGUCGCAAUGGCGCAGACUUAAAUAAUUUAUAUUUAAUAAAACACAUGGAAAGAGUCAGUGAGACUUUUAUUAGGGAACCAGCCUGAUGGGGUGGAGCCUGGCAAAGACUGCCUGGGUCCGCCCCCUGGAUCCAAGCGACACCUGCCCCCUCCCUGCCCCCCGAAUCCGACCCAUCCAGCCCGGUACCCACCCCCUCCCUGCCCCCCGAAUCUGACCCAUCCAGCCCGGUACCCACCCCCUCCCUGCCCCCCGAAUCUGACCCAUCCAGUCUGGUACCACCUGAUCCCCAGAGGCAACCCAUCCAGCCUGGUACCUGCCCCCAGGAGCCAACAUGUCCAGCCCAGAAACCACCCCCUGGACCUGACCCAUCCAACCUGGAAUCUGCCCCCUGGAGCUGACCCAUCCAGCCCAGUGCCUGCUCCCCUCUCUGCCCCAUUCAGUCUGGUACCCGUCACUUCCUGCCCCCCAGAGCCGACUCAUGCAGACCAAUACCCACCCCAUUCCUGCUCCCCAGAGCCGACCCAUCCAGCCUGGUAACACCUGCCCCUCAGAGCCAACCUAUCCAGCCUUGUACCCACCCCUCCUGGCCCCUCAGAAGUGACCCAUCCAGCUCGGUACCUGCCCCCUCCCUGCUACCCCAGAGUCAACCCAUUUAGUCCAGAACCCGCAUACUCCCUGCCCCCCGGAACUGACCAAUCCAGCCUGAUACCUGCCUCCUCCCUGCCUCCCCAAGGAUGACCCACUUAGUCCAGUACCCGCCCCCUCUCUACCCCGCAGAGCCAAUACAUCCAGCCUGGAACCCGCCCCCUUCCCAUCCCACAGACCCGACCCAUCCAGCCUGGUAUCUGCCCCUCCCAGCCCCCCUGAGAGCUGACCCAUCCAGCCCGGAACCCGUCCCCUUCAUGCCCACCGGACCUGACGCAUCUAGCCUGGUACCCACCACCUCCUUGCCCCCUGGAACCAACCCAUCCAGCCUGGUACCCACCCU